UCUGCUUCAGUGUAAUGAUUUGGAGUCCUAUGGUUACAUUGCAAGACUUUGAAUUAAAUAUAAAUUCUGGAAACUAAGGCAACCUCUGAAGUUCCCUCUGAGAAAAGGCAGAAGCCGCCUUUGGCCGAGAUGUCACGGCACCACAGCCGGUUUGAAAGAGAUUAUCGCACAGGAUGGGACCGCCGAGAAUGGAGUGCCAAUGGGAACCACGUGAACAGCAGUAACUGUAACAGCACAGUCAAUAGCAAUAGCAACAAUAGACCAGGGCUUCUGCCUGUGCCAAUUGUGCCCUCACGGCUACAUGCUCCAGCCACAGUUGCUUGUACCACUGUCAACAGUGAUGUGAUAACUACCCUUGUGGCCAACUCUUCGGCAGCUUCGACAACCAAAACACCUUGCAUUUCCAAGACGGAGAAUCAGCCUCAAGGAUUAGCAACCAGUAUAAGAUGGGGACAGACGCCCAUAAAUCAGUCUACACCCUGGGACACGGAUGAGCCGCCAUCUAAACAGAUGAGGGAGACUGAAAACCCAGGUACAGCUCCAUGGGUUACAACCGUUGCAGCAGGUAACCAGCCAACUCUUAUCACUCACUCAUACGGGAUGACUCAGCCUCCGACCUUCAGCCCAGCAGUGAACGUGCAAGCCCCUGUCAUUGGAGUUACACCCUCACUCCCUCCACACGUCACCCCCCAGCUUCCAUUAAUGCCAGCUCAUUACCAGCUUCAGCAGCAGCCUUCACAGCCUCUGAGUAACAUGGUUGUGAACCUGCAAAGCCAGCCUUUGUACACUAACAGCCAGUCCAUUACCAUGUCUUCUAUGACUGGGGUGGGUCAGGUGACUCACCCGGGCCACAGUGCGGUGGGGAACGGUCACAUGACUUGUCCUAUCCUGCCUCCGCCGCCACCUGCUUUGCCUUCGGCUGCCCUACCUAAUAGCGUUCCAGCUACCAAUGGGCAGGCUGCUCCUCAGCUUCCUCCCAACCAGACGGGCAGUCAGGACAACACCAAUGGGGUACAGAUGCUACGGACAGUUGGUGUGGGGAAGUACGAGUUCACAGACCCUUGGCACCCAAAAGAAAUGUUGAAGGAGUUGAACCAGCAGCGCAGAGCGAAAGAGUUUACAGACCUGAAAAUUAUUGUUGAAGGCAAAGAGUUUGAAGUCCACCAAAAUGUUCUAGCUUCCUGCAGCUUGUAUUUCAAGGACCUGAUUAAAAGGUCACCCCGGGACAGUAGCAGAAGUGGAGAGAAGCUGGAGUUGGAAUUAUCAAACCUCACAGCGGACGUCCUGGAAUUACUGCUGGAAUUUGUUUAUACAGGUUCCUUAGUGAUAGAUUCUGCCAACGCCAAAACGCUUCUGGAGGCUGCUAGCAAGUUCCAGUUUCAUACUUUCUGCAAAGUGUGUGUGUCAUUUCUAGAAAAACAACUGACUGCUAGCAACUGCUUAGGAAUAUUAGCCAUGGCAGAAGCAAUGCAGUGCAGUGAGCUGUACAACAUGGCCAAGGCCUACGCCCUCCAGAUCUUUCCCGAGGUGGCCACUCAAGAGGAGAUCCUCAACAUCUCAAAGGACGACUUCAUUUCCUACAUGUCGAACGACAGUCUGAACACGAAAACGGAAGAGCUGGUUUAUGAAACAGUGAUAAAGUGGAUUAAAAAAGAUGCAGCCCUCAGAGCCCAGUACGCGGCUGAGUUGCUGGCAGUGGUCCGCCUACCCUUCAUCCAUCCUAGUUAUCUGCUAAACGUUGUUGACAAUGAGGAGUUGAUAAAGUCUUCAGAGGCUUGCCGGGAUCUAGUGAAUGAAGCGAAGCGUUAUCACAUGUUGCCGCACGCUCGACAAGAGAUGCAGACUCCAAGAACUCGGCCCAGGCUAUCAGCAGGUGUGGCUGAAGUAAUAGUACUGGUUGGAGGCCGACAGAUGAUUGGCAUGAAUCAAAGAGCCUUAACAGCUGUAACAUGCUUCAACCCUCAAAACAACAAAUGGUACCCACUGGCCAGCCUGCCCUUUUAUGACCGGGAGUUUUUUAGCGUGGUGAGUGCUGGAGACAACGUCUAUCUCUCAGGUGGCAUGGAGUCUGGAGUCACACUGUCCGACGUCUGGUGUUACAUGUCUCUACUUGAUAACUGGAAUCUCGUUUCCCGAAUGACAGUCCCAAGGUGUCGGCACAACAGCCUGGUGUAUGAUGGGAAAAUUUAUACCAUUGGAGGCCUUGGCGUAGCAGGAAAUGUCGAUCAUGUGGAGAGGUAUGACACGAUCACCAAUCAAUGGGAGACGGUUGCUCCUUUGCCAAAGGCCGUGCAUUCCGCGGCUGCCACCGUUUGCGGCGGAAAGAUCUAUGUGUUUGGGGGUGUAAAUGAGGCUGGCCGUGCCGCUGGAGUCCUGCAGUCGUACGUCCCUCAAACUAACGCGUGGAGUUUUAUAGAGUCGCCUAUGAUAGAUAACAAAUACGCUCCUGCCGUCACCCUCAACGGUUUCAUCUUUAUUCUCGGAGGAGCCUACGCCCGAGCCACUACCAUCUAUGACCCAGAAAAAGGCAAUAUUAAAGCAGGCCCCAACAUGAACCACUCCAGGCAGUUCUGCAGCGCUGUCGUGCUCGAUGGAAAAAUUUACACCACUGGUGGAAUUGUCAGUAGCGAAGGGCCCGCUCUAGGAAACAUGGAAGCCUACGACCCCAAGACAAACACGUGGACGCUCCUACCCAACAUGCCAUGUCCUGUGUUCCGACAUGGCUGCGUAGUAAUUAAAAAAUACAUUCAGAGCGGUUGAUGCAAACAAGGACUUGGAUAUCGAACCAACUG